AUGGCGCUUCACUCAGCCCCAGACAAGCUCAUAUUCGCCCCCGCAGGUUCCCAAGCCCACGGCCAGGCCGAGCAGUUCACCCUCGGGAAGCUUCACCGCUCCGACCUCAACCCCACAUCCCCAAUCGCCCAGUUCAACACCUGGUUCUCCCAGGCCCAAAAGGCCACCACCAGCACCACUACCACCGCCGCGGAGGCCAACCAGCAGCAACAGGCCCUCGUCGCCCACCCAGAGGCCUGCACCCUCUCCACCGCCUCCCUCCCCUCCGGCCGUGUCACCUCCCGCGUCGUCUACCUCAAGGAGCUCGACGCCGCCGGCGGGUUCGUCGUCUACUCCAACCUCUCCACCAGCCGCAAGGCCAGGGACCUCGAGUCCAACCCCCACGCCGCCCUGCUCUUCUACUGGGAGGCGCUGCAGAGACAGGUCCGCGUCGAAGGGGUGGCGACCAGGCUGUCCAGGGAGGAGAGCCAGGUCUACUUCGACACCCGCGUGCGCGGGAGCCGCAUCGGCGCCUGGGCCAGCCGUCAGAGCCAGGUGCUUGAACCUCAAAGCGGCGAGGACGACGGCCGCGCCCAGCUCGAGGGCUGGGUGAAGGAGGUUGAGGACAAGUUCCAGGGCAAGGAUGACAUCCCUGUUCCCGACUUUUGGGGUGGUCUGAGGAUCGUCCCUUCCGUUGUCGAGUUUUGGCAAGGUAGAGAGAGCCGCCUGCAUGACAGGUUCGUUUAUGAACGAGAAGAGGGGAAAGAGGAUGCACCGUGGACGCUGCAGAGAUUAAGUCCUUGA